UAUCUACUCCACUAUUCAAGUCAUAUUCCAGAAUAGACAGAAACAAGGAAUAUUUAGCAAUACUAUCUUCUUCCACUUAUUCUUCUUGGAGUCAAGUUUGCAUGUGGGCUCGUUAAACGAUAUAUUUUUCAAAUAUGGCAGAAACAAAUGAAAAUGGGGAUAUAUUGAUGUCUAGCUUGUCAGUUGAUGGACAUCAGAGAAGUUAUGGAGCCUUGAAAUCAGAUGAUACAAAUAAGGAGAGUCCAAUCAAUCCUCAGAGACAGGUCAUACUCGAAGGAGCUAAAUUACGUCUCAUUUUCGCUCUCUCGCUUUGUACGCUCAUAGUGAUAGCAGAAAUCGUAGGAAGUAUUUUAUCUGGAAGUUUAGCUAUUUUGGCUGAUGCAGGUCAUCUUCUCACCGAUAUAGUCACUUACAUCAUUAGUCUAACUUCUAUCUGGCUUGCACAGAAACCCCCAUCUAAAACCUACACAUAUGGCUUGUUACGUGCUGAGGUUGUUGGAGCUCUAUUUUCAAUCAUCCUGUCAAUCUGUCUUGCUAUAGUCCUCUCAUAUUUUGCAACCAUGAGGAUUGUCAAUCGCGACUUCGACAUCGAUGGCGAGGUUAUGCUCAUUAUCAGCGUUGUCAACUUCAUGGGGAAUAUCAUCCAGAUAUUUCAACUCCAAUUCGGGUUUUGCUGUUGUACUAAUCAAUGUGGCGGUGAUGAUGAGAGCUUGCUCCCCGGUGGUCAUGGGCACAGUCAUGGUUCACUACUCGGUGGUUCAGAUGAUAAAAGUGAUGGUGAUAUUACCAAUCAUAUGAAUGUACGAGCUGCAUGUCUGCAUAUAAUUGGAGACUCAAUCUUUGGUUUUGGGCUUUUUGUCGGGGCUUUAAUCAUCUUCUUCAAGCCGGAGUAUAAAAUCAUUGACCCGAUCCUGACGAUUAUCUUUGGUAUACUCGUACUUCUAACUCUCUUCAAUCUUUUCAGGGAAAGCAUCCACAUUCUCAUGGCAGGUAAACCUGGAAGCUUAGAUUACGAUGAGGUUAAACGAAGAUUGAUUGAAAUAAACGGAGUUGAGGGUGUACACUCGCUUAGAAUAUGGUCUCUGACUUCAGAUGUUCAUCUGAUUUGUGCUCAUCUUGUUUUAUCACGGUUCUAUGACGGGCGACCAGUAGAUGUUCUAGUUGUACUACAAGAAGCUCGUCAAAUUCUUGAGACUCACUUCCGAGUGGUUCACUCCACUAUUCAAAUAGAAACAGGUGUAGAAGAAGGCGUGCAGUUUAUGUGUGCUAAAACUACUGGAUGAAAACGACAAUCAGCAAAUGUAAAAUAUCCACGAUUUAUUCAGUAAAUGGAGAAUAAAUGUAAAGUAGAUUUAUAAUCAAGCAAAAUUUUGAACACAUACAGGAUUAUUAUUAUCAUUAUUAUUAUUGUUAUUAUUAUCAUUAUUAU